CUGGUGUGGAGCAGCAGGGUGAUUGUCAGACAUGGAGCGCAUCAUGGGAGGAGGCGUGCUCCAGCUGAUUUUAGCGAGUGCGGGGAUCUUGCUGCUUUAUCGGAUCCUCCUCCGCCUCAGACCAGGAGCUGCUCUACAGGACGCUGUGGUGGUCAUCACAGGGGCCAGCUCUGGACUGGGGAAAGAGUGUGCACGGGUUUUCCAUGCUGCAGGUGCACGGCUUGUGCUGUGUGGACGAGAUGCAGGCCGCCUGCAGCAGGUGGUCCAGGAGCUGACAGCAGGUUCAACAGGCUUACAGCGGCAGACUUACACUCCCAGCACUGUAAUCUUUGACCUGGCUGACACGGACACAGUGGGCAGAGCUGCAGAAGAGAUCUUGAAAUGUUACGGCCAAGUGGACGUCCUCAUCAAUAACGCUGGAAUAAGUUACCGCGGCAACAUACUGGAUACCCACAUUUCAGUUCAGCGCGAUGUUAUGGAAACAAAUUACUUUGGGCCCAUUGCUCUUACUCAAGCUCUGCUGCCCUCCAUGGUCCGUCGGCGCAGCGGCCAUGUUGUUGUAAUCAGCAGCGUCCAGGGCAAGAUGGCCAUCCCGUACAGAUCAGCCUAUGCCGCCUCGAAGCACGCCACCCAGGCUUACUUUGACUGUUUACGGGCCGAGGUGGAGCGAUACGGGAUCCCAGUUACCGUCAUCAGUCCCGGGUACAUCAGAACCAGCCUGUCGCUCAACGCCGUCACCGGGGACGGCUCCAAGUACGGAGUUUUGGAUAAAACCACAGCAAUGGGUCGGGACCCCAGCGACGUGGCUCAGGCGGUCCUGAAGGCCGUCCGUCACAGGAGCAAAGACGUUGUUUUGGCGGGACCUCUGCCCAAUGUGGCCAUUUACCUCCGCACUCUGUGGCCGGCACUCUUCUUCAAACUCAUGUCGUCUCGCGCUCGCAAGGAGCAGAAACCUAAAGAGGAGUAAAGCAGGAGCAAAAGGCUCACAGAGCAUGUUAGAGGCACAUGGACCAGAACAUGAGAGUGAAUGCUUCACAUGGAGGCCUGAUAGGCAACAAAUGCAGCUCUCUAGUUCCAAACGAACCAGAAACCUGUACUGUGUGUUGUAACAGGACCUAUGGUGAGUGUUUUUCAUUGUUUUGACUAAAAUCUAUGGUUGACCAGAUUAGCAAGGUGUGUUGAUCGGCUGUUUCAGACAUUAACGUGGCUCUCAAAAUCACUGUUUAAACAUGAAAUGUCUAUUACUGACAAAGGGACUCAAAGCUGUGCUGAAAAGCUGUAAUGCUGUUUUGCAAAUUGACUCCUUGAACAUGAAUUUGGUAAACAAAUAAAAAGCUCAAGCUGUUUUCUGUUUGUAAGCACAUUCAAUUUGUAAUUCUGUCACAUUUUGGAAAUAAUAUUUUGCAAGUCAGAGUAUGUCUACUGUCCUGUCUGUUUCUGUUGUUCAUUUCAACAGCAGAAACAAGUUAACAAGAACAUCUUUAUCUAUCAAAUCGCAGGAUUUCGUUUCGUUUUGCUGUUUAGCUGAACAGCCUAUAAUUGUUUGCACCUCUUUAUAAGUUUUCCCCUCUCCAAUCAACUUUUUAAUCAAAGUAAGCUGUUCUUCUGAACAAUGUCUUAACGACCCAUUUUCCUCAGGCUUUCAAAGAGAAAUGCAUGUUCAACAAGUGCUGCUUCAUCCUUAAAUAGAGGCCACCUGAUUCACACCUGCUUUUUCACAAAAUUGAUGACCUCACUGAUUGAAUGCCACACUGCUAUAUUUUUGUUAA